AUGAUUCAACAAAUGAGAAAGGAUGCUCCAUCACACCUUUAUAUCCUGACAAAGGAUGCUCCAUCACACCUUUAUAUCCUGACAAAGGAUGCUCCAUCACACCUUUAUAUCCUGACAAAGGAUGCUCCAUCACACCUUUAUAUCCUGACAAAGGAUGCUCCAUCACAACUUUAUAUCCUGACAAAGGAUGCUCCAUCACAACUUUAUAUCCUGACAAAGGAUGUUCCAUCACAACUUUAUAUCCUGACAAAGGAUGCUCCAUCACACCUUUAUAUUCUGACAAAGGAUGCUCCAUCACAACUUUAUAUCCUGACAAAGGAUGCUUCAUCACAACUUUAUAUCCUGACAAAUGAUGUUACAUCACAACUUUAUAUCCUGACAAAGGAUGCUCCAUCACACCUUUAUAUCCUGACAAAGGAUGCUCUAUCACAACUUUAUAUCCUGACAAAGGAUGCUCCAUCACACCUUUAUAUCCUGACAAAGGAUGCUCCAUCACAACUUUAUAUCCUGACAAAUGAUGCUCCAUCACAACUUUAUAUCCUGACAAAUGAUGCUCCAUCACAACUUUAUAUCCUGACAAAAGAUGCUCCAUCACAACUUUAUAUCCCGACAAAGGAUGCUCCAUCACAACUUUAUAUCCUGACAAAUGAUGCUCCAUCACAACUUUAUAUCCUGACAAAGGAUGCUACAUCACAACUUUAUAUCAUGACAAAGGAUGCUCAAUCACACCUUUAUAUCCUGACAAAAGGAUGCUACAUCACAACUUUAUAUCCUGACCAAGGACUUUAUAUCCCGACAAAGGAUGCUCCAUCACAACUUUAUAUCCUGACAAAUGAUGCUCCAUCACACCUUUAUAUCCUGACAAAAGGAUGCUACAUCACAACUUUAUAUCCUGACCAAGGAUGCUCAGGGCACAACUUUAUAUCCCGACAAAGGAUGCUCCAUCACAACUUUAUAUCCUGACAAAGGAUGCUACAUCACAACUUUAUAUCCUGACAAAGGAUGCUACAUCACACCUUUAUAUCCUGACAAAGGAUGCUCAGGGCACAACUUUAUAUCCUGACAAAGGAUGCUACAUCACAACUUUAUAUCCUGACCAAGGAUGCUCAGGGUUCAUAAAAUGAAACUCCAACAUACAGUUGCUCAGGAUACCAAAGUUUUAAUGAGAGAGAUUUUAAGAAGUUCAGACACCUAGGUUUCAGUGAAACAUAAGUUAAGGCUUGAUAUCUUUGUUAAAAUAUUUUAACCUUAAAAGGAAUUUCAUUAUGACAACUUUGUUAGACUUUAACUAUAAGCGUGUAUUGUAUUCAAUAGUCAUUCAUUAUUUCUGAUCUGCGUUGUUUUUUCUUGUUGUUUUGUCAAAAAAUAAUCUUUUUGGAAAACCAAAGUUAAGGUAACAUCAACAUGGAAUUAAAAUAUUUUUUAAUUAGUGACUGUCAUUGUUUGCCAUUGAUUGUUUUUGUAUUUAAAUAUAAAUAAAAAGGUUAAAAAAAAUGUUCUAAACUGUUAUAAACAUUUUUUCAGUAGUCUUUGUACCUAAAAUUUCCGAAAUUCAAAAUCCCAGUCUUCAUUAUGAUUCAAAUCCUGGAUACCUGGUUGUGAUGCCAAGUGCUCUACCACUCGGCCACCACGUCCCUUUCUCUAUCUGUAUACGUUAUAGUUAAAAGUGAAGUUUGUAUUGUUUCGACAGUAUUCUAAAUGUCUUCCUUGUUACUAUAUCUGACAACACUAAACUCAAAAGUAACAAGAAGGUAAUUAUCUCAUAACGGUUUAUGUAAAGAUUUAGUCGUUUCUUUUCGUGGUACUUUUUGUAUUUGUGGAGACAUGUAAGUGUAUGGUCUGGGACUAAGGUUAGUUGGAAGCAAAUGUUGUCUCAGGAGUGGAUCGUACUUGAAUAGUAAUUUCACAAACCCCGAAAAUUGACCUAGAUUCGGUCUUUGUCAUUCUUCUUCAACUUGUUCGCGAUGCCCAUUAAGUGCCAGAUUUUGCCAUUUUAGAGCCUAAGGCAUUUAUUUGUAAGCUCUAGAUCUAGAUGAAACCAGCAUAUUGAACAAUGGAGUAACAAAAUGUGAUCAAGAAGAAAGUAGGCGUGUAAAAUUAAGCCGCUUCUCUUUGUUCGUAUAUGUAAAAGCGUUGAUUUUAUUAAGAAAACUUAUCUUUAGUUUGAUGCCACUUGAUACCCCGUGCGGCCUGCACCACUCGCACAUGGCUAGCUACGCCACUGCCCGCAUAGAAAUCGAAACCGUUUGACCAGUCUUGAUAAAACUUGUUAUAACUGUUUCUUAGAUCAUGGGGGAGACCGUAGUAUAUGUUUUAUGAAUCUACCACUACCGGAGGUCCCUUAAUAUAUACAAAAAUUACCUAACUGUAUCUCUUUUAAAACUUUUUAACCAAUCGGGCCAUUUUCACAGUUCUUUAUAUUUGUGCGCUGAACCAGUAAACGCAAUAUCACACUCUGCUUUUAGUUUCUUGGCAAAAUAAAAAACAAAUUUGUGAAGGGAACAUUCUCCUUGUUUGAGAUAGAUCUAAAUUCAAACCAGUAGAUCAGUAAUACAAAACCUAAGGCCCGCAGGCCGCGGGUCAUAUCAGGCUAGUAUUUUUAUAAACAACAAAUGACUGGCUCCAACUUCAGAUAGGUUAUCGCCGAAUGUAAGGGGUUUAUCUUCCUCGUUAGUGUUUCGUCAGUUAAUAGUGUUUUUUCUUUACUUAGUCCUCUUAAAGUGUAAAUGUGUUUCCGUUAAGAGUCUAAAUGAUUUCUUCCUUCGUGCUGGAAAAUGAGGACCGGGACCAAUCUGGUGUCUAUGAUUUGUGUGGCUUGCAUCAUCACUGUGUGUAAAGAAUGUAUUGGAGAAGUGGUUUGUGCUAAAAUGACACUGAAUAGCGAGACAUUUCAAGUUUUAGCGAAGAAGGAGGAGCUCGAGAAUUUUGUGCCGACUUAACGUGAAAUACGUACAAAUGGAAUACAUUUUAUUAAAAAAAACGCAUAAAUAAAUGCAACAAGGUUUAUACUGAAAUGUAAAUGAGAUGCGAACAAAUUAAACGGCAUGUUAUGAAAUCAGAAAAUGCGUAGAGCCUGCUACUUCGACAUGGCUCUAUCUUCUACUAGUCUAAAUUUAACCUUCUUACUCAUUGCUAGAAAGCUAAUACGAACUUACUCAGCCUGGACAAAAGUUUGUACACGUUAUGUCUCCAAUACCAUAUUU